AGCAGUCCAUGGUGCUAGACUAAGGCUCACUUACAACUAAGCACGCGUUGCACUGGGCCAUUUUUAGUGCUGAGCAACGUCGAAAACCACUUUAAACCCCCCCCAAGCGCGUCCGUCGCGUCUUUCAUUAUCGAAGCUCCAUACAGCACACCUGCAGUGCGCCAACACAUUUGCCAAUUCCCGUUUGCCGUUUCCCUCGCCCAUGUUUUCUCGAGCUUCCCUGCCGAAUUGAACUCUGCAUCAUAUUCGAUAUGCCUGAUAUUCGCUCGUUCUUUGGGCCCAAGGGAGGUGCCGCCCCGGCAGCCCCGAAGCCACCUGCGAGCAAGACCGGCGACGACGACGUUCCCAAGCGUCGAGGCAAGGCCCGCAAGGUAGUUGAAGAUGACAGCGACGACGAGGUGCUAGAACAACCCAAGAAGCCGAGGCCAGUGACUCGAUCUACGCCAAAGAAGAAGGCAGCGGAGAAGGAAGCGCAGGGAACGGAAACUACAGCUAGCGAAUACUUUGCCAAUUCGAAACCGAAGCCUGCCGCCAAUUCCGAUAGCAAGACAAAGCCCGCGCUCAAGUCAGAGGCACUACCAACCCCCAAGGCCACCAAUAAGGCAGACACCAAAAAGGCAGACACCAAGAAGGCAGAUGCCCCCGUCAAGAAGGAGCCUGCUUCCACAAAGAAUGGCACGGCAGCGGCCAAGAAGCGUACAUCUACCACAUUCAACAAAUACGACUUGGACGACGACCAAGAUGCCUUUAUGGACGAUGAUGCAGAAGAAGCCGACGAUAUCUUCGCUGCAAAUGCUAGAGGGAGGAGUAAGAGAAAGAACGACGACUAUGCCGAAGAAGAGAGCGAAGAGGAGUUCCUUCCCAAACCCAAGCGUAUUGCUUCACGAGCCAAACCCGCAGUCGACGAGGACGAUGAGGACGACGAACCAGUUGUUACGACGUCUACGAAAGCGAGGUCAUCCGCCGCCAGCAAGAAGCGGAAAACCCCGGAAGCUGAAUCUGAAGACGGAGAGCCAGUCUCCAAAAAGAAGCCAGCCGCCAAGAAGCCGAGGGCGCCGCCCAAGUCCAAGAAGGCAGACCAACCAGAAGAUGCAACCAUCCAGGCUAUUUUCGACGAUAUCCCCACGGUACGACCACCUUCGCCGCCUCCAAAGGACCCCAAUGCACCCAAGUUCGACUGGAAGAAGGCUCAAGCUGGUCCAGGAAAUGGCGGCCCGGCACCAAAUCCAGUCGCAGAACUCCCAGAAGGUGAAGAGGAUUGCCUCUCCGGACUGACCUUUGUGUUCACUGGUCAGUUGCAGCAGAUUUCUCGCGAAGAUGCUCAAGCCUUGGUGAAGCGAUAUGGUGGCAAGACUACCACUGCACCGAGUAGCAAGACAAGUUAUGUCGUCUUAGGCACGGACGCUGGUCCGAGCAAGCUGGCCAAGAUCAAACAGUUUGGUAUCAAGACUAUCGACGAGAAUGGUCUUUUCGAGCUUAUUCGUCGACUUCCCGCUGGAGGUGGUAGUGGCAAGGGUGCCGAAAAGUUGCGUGAGAAGCGCAAAGCUGAAGAGGACAAGAUCAAGCAGCAAGCACUCGAGAUGGAGAAAGAGGAAAAGCAGCGACAAAUCGAAGCUGAAAAGGCACGCAAAGCUGCUGCUGCUCGUGGCGCCACGGGCCCUGCACCGGCCACUACUGCACCUACGGCACUGUUGUGGACAGUCAAGUACGCACCCACUCAAGCGAGCCACAUCUGUGGCAACAAGGCAGCAGUGGAGAGGAUACAGAGUUGGCUGAGGAACUGGUCAAAGUCUCGCAGAUACGACUUUCAAAAAAGAGGUGCCGACGGCAUGGGCGGAUAUCGUGCCAUCAUUCUAUCCGGACCUCCUGGUGUUGGCAAAACGACCGCGGCACAUCUCGCAGCGAAGCUUGAAGGCUACGACAUUAUAGAGCAGAAUGCCAGUGAUGCUCGUAGCAAGAAGAUGGUCGAGAACGGCCUCGGCGAGGUGAUGAACAACACAUCUUUGAACGGCUAUUUCGCUGGCGACGGCAAGAAGGUCGAUCUGGGCAAGAAACAAAUUGUUCUGAUCAUGGAUGAAGUCGAUGGAAUGUCCGGCGGUGAUCGUGGUGGUGUGGGUGCCCUCUCCAAAUUCGCCAAGAAGACCGAGGUGCCCCUUAUCCUGAUCUGCAAUGAGCGCAAAUUGCCCAAGAUGAAGCCAUUCGAUUUCGUUGCUUUCGAUGUCAAGUUCCAACGGCCAACCGUGGAUCAGAUUCGAUCCCGGAUGAUGACGGUCUGCCACAGAGAAGGCCUAAAGCUAUCGCCUCAAGUCCUUGACGCAUUGAUUGAGGGGAGCAACAGGGACAUCAGACAGAUCAUCAACAUGCUUUCAACAGUUAAGCUGGAUCAAACGUCAAUGGACUUUGAUCAGAGCAAGAAUAUGUCCAAGGCCUGGGAGAAAUCCAUAGUACUCAAGCCCUGGGAUAUCUGUCAAAAGAUGCUCGGCGGCGGCCUGUUCUCUCCUGCUAGCAAGGCGACUCUGAACGACAAGAUUGAGCUCUAUUUCAACGAUCACGAGUUCAGCUACCUGAUGAUUCAGGAGAACUACCUUCGAACGAAGCCCGCCGCACUCAGCGCUCAACAGUACAGUAAGCGAGAACAAAACCUGAAGUGCUUGGAAUUGUUUGACCAGGCUGCGGAAAGCAUUAGCGACGGUGACCUCGUUGACCGCAUGAUCCAUGGCCCUCAGCAACAAUGGAGCUUGAUGCCCACCCAUGCUAUUUUCAGCACAGUUCGUCCAUCAAGCUACGUUGCGGGUCAGCUCAUGGGCUCAAACUUUACAUCAUGGCUCGGCAAUAACAGCAAAUAUGGCAAGCUCGGGCGAUACGUUCGCGAAAUCCAUUCGCAUAUGCGAUUGCGAUCGUCAGGAGAUGCCACCGAAAUCCGUCAACAAUACCUGCCAACCCUCUGGUCACGCACAGUCAAACGCCUCGCCCAGGAAGGCAAGGAUUCCGUGGACGAGGUCAUUGAUCUUAUGGACAGCUACUUUCUCACUCGUGAGGACUUCGACUCGAUCAAGGAGCUAGGAGUUGGUUACAUGGAUGAGGAACUUGUCUCUAUCGAGACUCAGGCCAAAGCCACCUUCACCAGACUCUAUAACCAAAAGGCUCAUCCAAUUCCGUUCAUGAAAGCUAGUAACGUCGGUGCAGCUCCAAAGAAAGCAGCAGAAAAGCCUGAUUUGGAGGAAGCUAUCGAGGAAGAGGACGAGGGCGAGGCGCUCGAGGCCGCCGAGGUUGUCGAAGAUGAUGAAGAUGAUAUCAAGACCGACAAGCUCAUUAAGCAGCCCAAGCCGAAGGCGAAGAGAGCGACCAAGAAGUCAAAGGCGGCAGAUGUUGAUGAGGAGGAUGAGGAAGAGAAGCCCAAGGCCAAAGGUCGCGCCAAAGCAGGUGCCAAGGGCAAGGCUAAGAAGUAAUGACUUGUGUAUACGUUUGCUGUACUGGUUGUUGUGUCGUCGAUGCUAGAGCAUGGCAUUGAAAGACGGAGGUCUAAUGCAGAACGAAUUUGUAUUCGUCCCCAUCGUAUCACUUGAAGCUUGAUGACACGCAAUCGAAGUCCGUAAUAAUGAAUGACAAUUAUUUGAUGCA